AGAUGAUCUAAUGAAGGGUACCUAGGUAUAUCAGUUAACUCUAGCUCUUCGAUCUAGGGUUAGCAAACUAACGCCAAAGCUCGGCUAUAGCUAAAGAUGUCCUAGUCUCGUCCCUUCUAGUGUGACAACCCCGAGGUAGGAUAGAACACUUACAACUGCGUAUUACCUUCUAUGUCCCCGAAUAUUUCUCGGUAAUCUGUAAUAGAUAUCUGGCUUGAGGGUGUAUACGGUGUAUGUCGUAGGUGUCAACGACUACAUUUACAUGCCCGACUAAUCCGUACUAAUAUCAAUACUUGAAUUCUCGGCUGAUGUAUGAAUGGGGUAUAGCUAAUUAUUGUUACGUACUAUCGGUAAAUCCCCCUUAAUAUUAAAGCGACAUCUAAAUACAGCAGUGAUAACAAUCCUUCGGAAUCCCACCUCAUCCCUCGUCCUCCCCCAUUUCCGUUCGCUAUUGCGUACUGUCAUAGUAGGCGAGCAUAUUUGCCGCCGUCCGAUCAUUUCAAUUGCUUUAAGCUCCAGCCCUUCUUUAUACAGCCUAUAGUAAUAUAAUGCCUACUUCUCGGUAAUGGUCAAUUUCGACGAUAGACGACUCUAAUGGCGCCGUCCGACCAACUGGCCACUGCCGUUCCAGGCCGCCCGAAGCCACCCUUAGCUGCCCUAGGAAAACACAAGGUCACCGCAGAAGCAGAAAAGGCACCGCGAGCGGCGGUGACGACGAAUAUAACCACAGGAGCAGGAAAAUGGGAGGCGGAUAAAUCAUCACCAUUGGAGUUUCGCGGCUUCGAUUUCUUCGCCAAUCGCGACUUUAACGAGCUGAAGAAUGCGUCACGGGCCUAUUUUGCGCCUUCUUCUAAUCCUGAAAGGCGUCAACGCCUACCAUCCACGUGGUUAGGCGAUGCGACACCUCCUAGCAGCCCGCGACCCUCCGACGAAGGGUCGUCCGCUGGAGGGGACAGGCCUCCCGCCGCGCUCCGUGGACAGACGCCUCCAGGAGAGAAGGGAAUAAUAGGGCUGAAGAGAACCCAAUUCUGGUGGCUGUUGGCAUUAAUAUCGCUCCUGUUAGUCGUUGCAAUCGGUGUCGGGGUUGGUGUCGGGGUCGGUAGAGGGGUGUCUCAAAGUUCUAAUGAAGCUGCUGCUGCUGUUGCCGGUGCCGGUGCCGGUGCCGGUGCCGGUGCCACUUCAUCGACAAGCCUAUCCUCAAGCUCAACCACUCCUGCAAAUACCGGCAUCUCGACGACGUCCACCUCUAGCCCCUCGAAGACUAGUACCUCUUCGAGUUCCACCCCUACCGGCAAUUUCGAAGGAAAGAUUGACUGCCCGGCUGCCAACGGGACUACCUACCAAGUUCCCGGUUCCGAUAAGCGAUUCUUACGAAUUUGCGGUAUAGAUUAUAGCGACAAUGAGUCAACAAAUCUGCGCCAGGUUCCUACGGAGAGCAUAUUGGACUGCAUGAAAAACUGUGCCGGGACUGCUGGGUGUACUGGUUGCGGCUGGGGCUAUAUCGAAGGCGAUACGGGGACCCAGCACACCUGUUGGCUGAAGGGCGGGUUGAAGAAGUCUCACGAUGUCGAUAUCAAUUGGGCAUUUGCCAAACUUCUAUGAGCGGAUUAGGAGACAAGGACACAAGGACAUGCGGGUUGCGGAUGCUGUUGGACCGAAUGUAAUGGUACUAGUAAUUACGUUCUAUGUAGUAGAAAUACUAAGGCAUGAUACCCCCUAACAAUAAUGACUCCCACGGUCAAGUAACACCUUAACCUAGCAGGUGAGAGGCCUGCUUGUAUCCGGAGAUUUAAAUCCAUUGCUACUAUACCA